UGCUAAUUAAGCUAGCUAACGUCAGCUAACCAGCUGCAGAGACUCUCCUUAAAAAAAAUGGCCACUGUUUCAAUUCCUGCCUGUACCAGUGCACUCUUGCUGGAUAUCGAAGGUACAACCACGCCGAUCACAUUUGUAAAGGAUAUUUUAUUUCCGUACAUCAGGGAGCAUCUCGAGGAUUACUUGUCCACUCACUGGGAGGAAGACGAGUGCAAGCAAGAUGUUCAUCUCUUAAAGAAACAGAUUGAAGAGGACAUGAAACAGAACCGCUCAUGUCCCGUCCACGCCGUGGACCAGACGGUUCACACAGAUGAGGAGAAGGCCAUUAGGGAAGUGGUGGAUAACGUGCUGUGGCAGAUGGCAGCAGACAGGAAGUCAACCGCACUCAAACAGCUCCAGGGUCACAUGUGGAGGUCGGCGUAUUCUUCUGGGAGAAUCAAAGGCGAGAUCUACCAGGAUGUUAUUCCAUCCAUCAAGAGAUGGAAAGGACAAGGACUCAAAGUGUUUAUUUACUCGUCUGGAAGCGUGGAGGCACAAAAACUUCUGUUUGGAUACUCUGUGGAAGGAGACGUUUUAGAUUUAUUUGAUGGUCACUUUGACACGACUAUAGGAGCUAAAGUAGAAGGAAAAAGCUACGAGAGGAUUGCGGAGAGGAUCGGCUGCCCGCCUGAGGAAAUCACCUUCUUGACAGACGUCACUCGAGAGGCUAAGGCAGCUGAAGAAGCCGGGGCAAACGUGGUGGUGGUGGUCCGGCCUGGAAACAUGGAGCUGACAGAUGACGAGAGGUCCCACUAUAACCUCAUCACAUCCUUUAGCCAACUUGAACUGACGGGACGCGUUUAACACGGAGCGUGGAGGAAGACGGGGAGAACGUCUCUGGCUUCAUCACCAUAACGACCCCGUUCCUCCCCUCCUCCGCCCCUCACCCUCCACCCUCCCCCCUCCUUUUUACAACUGUUUUUGUUUGUUCCACGUUGGCAGUUGAAGAAGAGUCGGAGAUGCUACAGUCAGCCGCCCGUCGGGCCUGUGAGGUGCUCCUCUGUUCAGAUCUUUCAGGAUCCCCUUCAUGUGUAAAAGGGAACAGAUCUCCGGAGCACAAUAGGAACUCGAACACAACGCGGCUUUCCUUGGACCAUUUGAUCGACUGGGAAGAGAGCGGAGAAGCUGAAAGAAGCAGGAAAAAAGCCCAGAAGGAAAAACUGCACACCUGUGACGUUAUACUUUACCUUUCUACCUUUUAGAUGAGCUGCUCACCAGUUCUGAACCUCUUCGGUGUUACUCAAAACUUUUCCAGCUGUAUGUGUGUGUGUGUGCUGUAUCUGUCACCUUUUGUAAACAUUUUCCAUUCACGUGCCGUUUCCUCCCUCCACACGUGCUGCAGAUGUAUGUUUAAUCCAGUGGUCGAACUGUUUAACACUGUAAUGUUUUAGGAAGUAGAGUUACAGUAAUAGAUGCACUCAGCAGCGGCGACGCUGACAGAAAGUUCUCAUUUCAAACUUUGUUCAAAUGUCUUAAUUAGUCCCUCCUCGCAGGUGAAUGGUGUCUAUUUAAAUGUGCCAUCCUCAUUGAUAAUCUGUAAUAUUGGUGUCGGAAAGUUACCUAAAGAAAAAAAAAUUGCCAAAUUGAGGAUUUGUGUGUGAAACAUAAUUGGUAUUAUUCAGGAAUGAUAAUCUGAAAACUUCCAAUAAAUGCCUCAUCUCACACAGAA